CCACUGUCAGCUCAAGGUGUGGACAGUGACACGGUGAGCGAGAGCAAGCGCGAGUGGGAACACAGUGGCUUUAUUUUUGGAAAAGGAGUGGAUGCGUCCUCUAAAAUCUGCUCGAGGGCUGGACACAAGUCUUUUCUUUAACAAAAGCAAUAUGUGCACCUACGCGGCGCUGCCUUCAGCCUUUGAGGUUCUUGAUAUAUAAAGUCGUAAAGGACGCGAGUGUUUCACCGUCACCUAUGAGCUGAAGUGAAGCACGAGCAACCCAGGUAGAACAGCAGAGCCGGAAGAACUCGCAAUACUGGUCGCGUUCAGUUUGUUUUUCUUCUUCCAAGUGGAUUAUCUUUGACACUUUCUCAUAAAUGAAGUGACUUUUAAAGUGCUAGUUUUAACGUGCAUCCGAGCUAAAGAAACAAUGACGGACUUGAGGAAAAAGCGACUCUUCGUCCUGGUUGACGUGCUGUGUGUAGUUGUAGCUUCUCUGCCCUUUGUUAUAAUGAAUAUCGCGUCCCGGCCAUACGAGCGGGCGAUCUACUGCCAGGACGAGAGCAUCGGUUACCCCGUAAGACCGGACACCAUCACACACGUGACGCUGGCUCUAGUCACCAUCACCUGCACUAUCAUUAUCAUAUCAUCGGGUGAAGCGUAUCUGGUGUACAGCAAGAAAAUUCACUCCAACUCUACCUUUAAUCAAUAUGUAUCGGCCAUCUAUAAGGUGCUGGGCGCCUUCCUGUUUGGGGGAGCUGUCAGCCAAUCACUGACGGACUUGGCCAAGUACACCAUUGGGCGACCACGUCCACAUUUCUUAGCAGUGUGUGCUCCCAAAGUCUGCAAAGGAUACGUGGCUUUGAUCAACUGCACUGGUGACUCGCAUCAUGUGACUGAAGCCAGGUUGUCCUUCUAUUCAGGUCACUCCUCCUUCGGGAUGUACUGCAUGCUGUUUCUAGCGUUCUAUGUGCAGGCCAGACUGAAUGCGAAAUGGGCCCGUCUUCUGAGGCCAACCAUCCAGUUCUUCCUGGUGGCCUUUGCUGUGUAUGUAGGUUACACCCGCGUGUCCGAUUAUAAGCACCACUGGAGCGACGUGCUGGUGGGGCUCCUCCAGGGGGCGCUCAUUGCAAUUCUCAUUGUGCGAUACGUGGCGAAUUUCUUCAAGGUCCGUCCUUCACCUCAAUACUCGAGUUCAGAGACAGAAGCAGAAAUCGAGGAGCAGAAACACAGCUUUCGAGGUGGAGCACCAUAACCAUUUCGGCUAUUACGGACCUGUGUGAGAGAAAUGAGAACAAACACUCGCACUACAUCUCCCACAAACCACUGGACUGACGGGAGGGGGCGGAGCAAGACUGCACAUGCUCACGAUGGUCCUCCUUGAAAAAGCUUUAGGGUCUGUUCCUUUGUUUCAAGUGAGAGAGAACUCUUUAGACGUAUUUAAUCAACUUAUUUUAAUCAAAACGAUUUGCCGCAGAUACCAGAUAUUGAGGGACUGAAUCUGUUUUUUAAAUCUGCGUACUGGAUCAGGUUUUACGUACGACAUGUAUCAUCUUUGUUUGAAUUGUAAAUCUUACUGAAAUAAUGGCUUGCCUUUCUCUUCGACGAACCAAACAGAAUCCCAUAAUCUGCGGUUUAAAAUGUUGGAAAUCAUUUGUAUUUUUCCCAUUUUAAGUGCCUUAGUAAUUAUAUCUAGUAUAUAAUUAUAAAUAGUAAUCUGGAUUGCAGAAAGUGAAUAAUGUCACAAAAUUGUUAGGAUAUCUUUUUUUUGUUCCCCUAUGUUUAAAAUUUAAAAUUGAGAUACCACUACAACAUCUGCAAGCCUUGCUUAAUUUAAGGUUUUCGCAUUCAGCUUCAUUGAACUUUGUACUUUGUAAAUUGUUGUUUACAUUUGUCUAAAUUCCUAUUAAAUAUUUGUAAUAAUAAUCUGCUUGUUGUUAUUAAGUAUCACACUUUAAUAUUAUGUAUAGCACUACUCUAAAUGAUAAAUAUCAUUUUGAC